ACUUGUAAUUGUAAUAAAAUAGUGGCAAUAAUGAAUGAUAAUACGGACAAUGAUAGCAAUUAAUGAACGACUUCAACUUGACCCCUUACCACUUCACCUUGCUCACUACUCUACGACUCACCUCUCUCCACCCGCCGGCGAAUUGUAACUGCCAACCGUUAACCUACGCCGGCGUGGCAAUGUUAACAGCAAGAUCACCGUCACACUCACUCCGUUGUAACAACCACUUCUUGGUGCUGGUGGUGGCAGUUAUUCUCCUCCUCCUUCUUCUUCUACCUUAUUCCUCUCUCGCUAUCCGAACUACUCACUCCGAUCGAAUCGACUCCCAACUCACCAACUCCACUGCCGACUCCAACGUCUCUCUCUCCACAACAUCUCGACAAGGUUCAUUCGCCGACAUCAUUGAUCGUGCUCUUCAGCACGAGUUCACCGAAGAAAACGAUGAUCAAAACCAACAAGUGCCUGAAUCGGGAGGUUUCAACAACAGUGUAGCAGAACAACAGGCUGUACUGGAGACUGUAGCCAGAGUCACACCGAACAAAAAUGACAGCAAAGAUGAAAAGUCAUUUCAACUCCAUAGAGGUGAAGACACCCCAAUGUUAAUUGAUCGAAAGGACAAUGUAUUUAUCAUUUCUAACUUUAAAUCCAAGUAUCCGGUGCUGCAGCUAGAUUUACGAUUGAUUUCAGACUUGGUAGUUGCUAUUGUUUCGGCAACUUGUGGUGGUGUCGCGUUUGCUUUUGCUGGACAACCGGUCAUUACUGGCUAUCUUCUAGCUGGCUCCAUUAUUGGUCCCGGAGGCUUUAACUUCAUCAAUGAAAUGGUGCAGGUGGAAACAGUGGCUCAAUUCGGCGUGAUAUUUAUUCUUUUUGCAUUGGGCCUGGAGUUUUCCAUGACAAAGCUUCGAGUUGUUCGAUCUGUUGCUGUUCUUGGUGGCUUACUUCAGAUUUUUCUAUUUAUGUGCAUGUGUGGUUUUACUGUAUCGUUAUGUGGUGGUAAAGCUUCAGAAGGGAUUUUUGUUGGUGCUUUCCUUUCUAUGUCUUCAACAGCAGUGGUUUUGAAGUUUUUGAUGGAAAAGAACACUACUAAUGCCCUUCAUGGACAAGUCACAAUUGGGACCCUUAUUUUACAGGAUUGUGCUGUUGGAUUGCUCUUUGCAUUGCUUCCAGUUUUGGGUGGCACCUCAGGUGUUUUUCAAGGAGUGUUAUCAAUGACAAAGCUGUUGGUGACAUUGAUUGCAUUUCUCUCUAUUCUGUCAAUAUUGUCUCGCACUUGCCUUCCGUGGUUGCUUAAACUGAUGAUAAGUCUGUCGUCACAGACAAAUGAACUCUAUCAGCUGGCGUCUGUUGCAAUCUGCUUGCUUGUAGCCUGGUGUAGCGAUAAGCUGGGAUUAAGUCUAGAACUAGGUUCCUUUGCUGCUGGAGUGAUGAUUGCAACCACUGAUCUGGCUCCACAUACACUAGAACAAAUUGAACCCAUUUGCAAUCUUUUCGCUGCACUUUUCCUUUCAAGCAUUGGAAUGCUGAUUCAUGUUCAUUUUCUCUGGAACCAUGUUGAUAUUUUGGUAGCAUCGGUUAUUUUGGUGAUUGCUAUAAAAACAAUCAUAAUUGCUUCAGUUGUAAAAGGAUUUGGUUACAAUAACAAGACUUCAGUACUUGUAGGAAUGUCCAUGGCACAGAUAGGAGAAUUUGCUUUUGUUCUUCUCAGUCGUGCUUCAAAUCUUCAUUUAGUUGAGGGUAAGCUAUAUCUGCUGCUUCUUGGGACCACAGCUCUUAGUCUGGUGACGACUCCUUUACUUUUCAAGCUGAUUCCUGCUGUAGUGCAUCUUGGUGUGCUAUUGAGGUGGUUUUCUCCUGACAGUGCAGUAGAGAUUGGAUACAAGGUAGAUAACCUCCGCUCAGAUAGUGGCAAGCAGCGAGUAGUUUUGAUAGACCAAGAAGCUCAUGAUUGUUAAUCAUUGCACUGCACCAAGGAAAUUUGUUGCGUGUCCUUAUUUUUCGACAGGGUUAUGGAUCCAAGUAUCCAUCAUCCCAUCCUGUUCCAUGAUGGCUACUUGCAUAUCAAACUGACCAAAUACUAACAAAAGAAAACCAAUCCGAACCCCAGUGAAGUAAAGAACAGGGGAGGGGAUUGAUAUAAGAGUAAAGACAACUGACAAGACCAACAUUGAUGCAGUGGAAGAUAUUUAUUCCAUAAAUUCAUUCUACAUUUAUUUAUUUUUCUCAUGCUCAUAAAUGUAUGAUGUGGUUUUAACGAUGUAAUCUGAUGCCAUUAUCCCUACUGACUGCCCGCCUUUCUGGACAUUUUUAUUGUGUUUUGUUGUAUAUAGUGUAUUGUAUAAUAUCUGUUUUAAUGUAUUGUAUAAUAUCUGAUUUGAUUAAUUCAUUUGUUUCAAAUUCAAUA